AUGACCUUGCCACAAAAGGUCGUUGCUGGUGUCACGGUUCCCGAUCUCCCUCUCGUCGCUAAGGCUAUAGAUUUUGCGCGCGAAUACUCAACCGACAACACAUUCAAUCAUAUCCCCCGAUCCUUCCUUUGGGGUUUCAUCGUUGCAGACACAGUGAUUCCAGAGCGAGAUCGUGAAGUCCACGUCGUUGCCAUUUUGUACGAUCUCCGGUUCUCUGUCGGUCAUCUCAAAGGACGAAAGAUUUGA